UUUUGUUUUUGUUCUAUAAAUAGGUAAGAGAAGGACAGACCUUUACCCAAAGAAAAAAUAAGUUAAUCACGAUAAACUGAUAAAGUAUCUACAAUGGCUCUUUACAAAGUUAGUUUCCUUGCUCACCUACUUUUUCUUGGAAUAUUUAUACUAGUAAGCAGGGUGGAACAUGUUAAUGCUUGUACGAAAGAAUGUGGUAAUCUUGGCUAUGGGAUAUGCCCAGGUUCAGAAGGAAGUCCAGAAAAUCCAAUUUGUACCAAUUGUUGUUCGGGCUAUAAGGGUUGCAACUAUUAUAAUGCUAAUGGAACUUUUAUUUGUGAAGGAACGUCUAAUCCCAAAAAUCCUAACACUUGCCCCUUAUAUUGUGAUCCACAAAUUGCCUAUUCAAAGUGUCCCUGUUCAGAAGGAAAGACGAUAAUUUAUCCCACGGGGUACAAGGAUUGCUACUAUUUUGGUCAAGAAGGGGAGUUUCUGUGUGAAGCAGAGAGUAUUGAACCCAAGGGUUGUACUCAAGAAUGUGACCCCAGAGUUGCUUAUAUGACUUGCCCAUCUUCUGAAUUGGCCAAACUUAAUGAAGUUUGUGUUACUACAACAAAAUUGAUUAUCAGGGACAAAUGA